AUGUAAGCUAUUUAGGAAGAUCAUUCCAAUUUAAGAACAUUAUUAGAAUUUCAAUAUUCAGAUUUAUAUCACAAGGCUAUGACAUUCAAAAAUUACCAUAUAGAGUAUACAGCUAGAAAUAAAGAUAAUCCAUUAAAAUAUGGUAACAAUGAAAAUUUCAUAGAAUUGGGUAUGGAUCUAAUUGAAUUUUAUUUUAUUGAAUUCUUUACAUAUCAAAAGUAACAUUAAUUCUAAAUUUAUUAGUUUGCCCAAUAAAGAUCAUAAGACAUUUUCAACAUACACUGAAAUUAAAAAAUAAAAAUAAGUAUUGUUAUCUGAUCAGAAUUUGGCUGAAGUUACUAUUCAAUUAGGAUUGAAAGAUGAAAUGCAUCUUGCAAUCAAUUCUUCAAAAGAAUUAAAGUAAGUUUAAUAUCUUAUUGAUUUUAGAAACAACCCAAAAAUAUAAGCCUAAGCCCUUAAAGCAGUUAUUGGAGCAUAAUAUUUUGAUAAAUAAAAAGAUCUAAAUCUUUUAAGAAAACUAUUAAAGGUUCUCUAUCAAUAUUUAAUUAAAAAGUCACUUGUAUACUCACAGUUUAUUCAUAGGAUGAAUCUAUGUCUUUUGUUAAGCUUGAAAAUUUUAAAGGGGAUUUUAAAGAGUUUAUGGAUAAACAUCCUGAAUAUUCAUAUAAAUUAAAUUAUUAAGAAUUUAGAGAUACAUUAGAUGCCAAUAAAAAAAAAUAUGAAUAUGAACUUGUGAUUAAUGAUGUUAUACCUAUUAAAAGAAGCGGGGAUUAAAAAAAGCCUGUUGAAAGAAAGGUUUUUUAAGAUUCCAUGUUACUUUUAAAGAUGGAUUAAUUUAAAUAAUUAUUAGAUGAUAGCAUCAAAAGUUAAUUAAGUUAAUCAUUUACUGGUGUCUCUAUGGCGUUUUAAAAAAGUUCCAUAAUAGAAUCAAAUAUUUAGAGUGAAAUACAUAAUAAAUUAUAUUUUAUAGAACGAUUAGGGCAAUUAGAAUAAAAUUUAAAAAGUCAAAAUGUUGAAAAACCAUAAAAUAGAAUGGAUUUGGCAAAGUUAUGA